AUGCUCAAAGUAGCGUGUGAUGCGCUGCAGAUAGAAUUCAAGUGUUCUGAUAGCAUCAAGGGCAAUGCAGGAGCAGUGCUACACAUGCAAUACCAGCGGGGACACGCAUCCAUACAUCGCGACCUAACAGGGCGACUAGGGGAACUGCGUAUUCUGUGUAUAUUGGAGCGGCAGCGCCAACAAAAUCUCCCCCAACAAGACGUCAGCGUCUUAGAGGCCCUUGACUGGCUUGAAGACCAGCUGAACAGAUGCGAGCAGCAGCUUCAGAAGCACAAGGAGAUGAUGGAGCGGAUGGAAGAGGAAGACGACAUCCUCUUCGCAAGCAAUCUGGAGCAGCAAGCCAGAACGAUAGCGGACAACCUGAGUGCCUUGCUGAAGGCCGUCGCUAACAGAAGGAGUUCGAUACCGGGAGCCCUGAGCGAAGAGGAAGCCGCCCAAAGCGAAGCCAUGCAGGGCCACCUGAAAGUGGUGGCCUACAGGGCCAUCGGAGAGGCUGCAGCGGCAGGGGGGCGAGCAGUGGGCAUGCUAAAGUCGGCGGAAGAGCAACGGCCUGGCGAUUCCACUUUGCCGUGGAGUCAGCAGGCGGAGGGAAGCAAACUGUCUCAAUUGCCGAGACUCAGGAGUACCGACGUGGCCCAGAUGAUUUCCGCAAUGCUGAAGCAGUUUGAGAAUGUACAUGCAGCUAUGCGCAAGCCUGUACAUGCAAAAGAACAGACACAGGAGAGACGCAGCAGCUCAGACGCCCUUAUAGAGGAGCUGCUUCGUGCAUCGCGAACGGCCGCUGAGACUUCAGCGGCCUUCCUCAACGAGGCGCAGUUUAUGUGGCUGCAUGCACAGCUUAACGCCUCCCUGGAACUCGAUAUGCAAUUGAGUGCCACCUUGGCGCAGAGAGCAACUGCUGCAGUAGGCAUGGCAGCAGGGGAGCAGCCCAAACAACAACACUGGCAUGUUGAAGUGCCUGCCGUUGAUAUCCAAGUAUUUGAAAAUCUGCUGGAACAGUUCAAGAAUGUUGAGGAGGACGCGCAGUCGGCUACUGCGCUCAAUCAAAUGGCUUUAGCAGCAACAAGGAUGAAACAGGCGGCCUUAAAACUCACAAUGUUUGUUGACGAACGUCAGAAGCAACCAAGGUGA